AUGCUUAAACAUCAACAAAUCCACACUGGACAAAAAACUUAUCAAUGUCUGGAGUGUGGGAAAUCUUUUAUUCGGAAAACAAGUCUCAAAAUCCACGGGAAAAUUCACAUGGAAAUAAAACCUUAUAAAUGCUUCAAGUGUGGAAAAUGUUUCACUCGGAAUUCAUCACUUUGCAAACAUCAUAAAACACACACAGAGGAGGAAAGCAGAACGUGCCUAGAAUGUGGGAAAUGUUUUUACAGCAAAUCAACCCUGCGGCGACAUCAGAGAAUCCACACUGGGGAGAGACCUUAUGAAUGUCUGGAGUGUGGAAAAUGUUUUUCCCGCAAAACAACCCUGCAGCGACACCAGAGAAUCCAUACUGGGGAAAGACCCCAUGAAUGCCCGGAAUGUGAGGAACGAUUUGGGCAUUCUUCCGCACUUUGGACACACCAAAAGACGCACACGGGAGAAAAACCCUAUAAAUGUAACGAUUGUGAGAAAUGUUUUUCUGUAAAGGGAAGACUUUUUCAACAUCAGAUAAUCCACACAGGGGAGAAACCCUAUCAGUGCAUCGAGUGUGGAAAAUUUUUUCGUUCGAUAUCAAACCUCAGACAUCAUAAGAAAAUUCACAGAGGGGAAAGAAAUUUCAAAUGUUUAGACUGUGGGAGAGCAUUUAUUCAUUCAUCUAAUCUUAGAAGUCACUGGCAAGCCCAUAUAGGAGAGAAGCCCCAUAAAUGCUCGGAGUGCGAUAAAUGUUUUUCUAGGAGAUAUAGCCUUUUGAUACAUCAGAGAACCCACAGUGGAGAGAAACCAUAUAAAUGUCCUGAGUGUGGGAAGUCGUUUUCUUGCCAACAAUAUCUUAGAAAACACGAGACGGUUCACAAAGAAAAAAAGCGUAUCAGGUCUGUGCAGAAAAAUGAAAUGUGCUCAGAAUGUGGGAGAUGUUUCUCCAUGAGGUCACACCUAAUUCGACAUGAGAGACUUCACGCCGGAGACAGGCCCUAUCAAUGCCCAGAAUGUGAUAAGCGAUUUGUGGAGUCUGCUGAACUCCGGAGACACCAGAGGGGGCACACAGGAGAGAAGCCCUAUAAAUGUGGGGAGUGUGCGAAAGGUUUUCUCACAGCAACACUGCUUCGGGUUCAUGAGAGAAUCCACACAGGGGAGAAAAAACACGAGACGAUUCACACAGGAAAGAAGCCUUACAAGCGUGUAGAAAGAAAGAAAAAUGAAAUGUGCUCAGAAUGUGUGAGAUGUUUCUCCCAAAGGUCACACCUAAUUCGACACGAGAGAAUUCACACCGGAGACAGGCCCUAUCAAUGCCCAGAAUGUGACAAGGGAUUUGUGGAGUCUGCUGAACUCCAGAGACAUCAGAAGGGGCACACAGGAGAGAAGCCCUAUAAAUAUGGACAAUGUGGGAAAUGCUUUUCUCAAAAACAACACCUUGGAGGUGUCAAAAGGGAGACAUCAGAAGAUUCAGCUUAG